UUACAUUUUUACUGGAUUAGCAGACAACGCCCACUUCGCUACAUCCAAAAAAAAUCGGACUAGAUGUCCUCACGUCUAGGAUCUAGAACUCACACUGGUGCUCACAAAGAUAGAAGAACAAGAGCACGCGCGCACUUUCACCCCGCAGUGAAAGGUCUCCCAGUCUGGUUCGGGACCCUCCGUUGGGUCGCUGCAGGACUGAAUGGGGGUCCAGAACAAAAGCUGAAUGGACAGCAGAGGGACUCAGAGCCAGCUCCUGACCUCUGACCUCUGACCUGCUACUGUUAACAAUAGCCUGGUGGAGGCGCGUCCUGUUUUCAGUCCGCUGACCGAAUUACAGCCGCAACCAUCAGUCGAUUCAUCGAUUAGAGCGGUUCUGCGGUUCGGCUGGUCCGGUUAGCCUUCCUCCUGCUCCGGUGCUCUCGGUAACCGUUUGAGACAUGGACUGGAGAGUCCCGGUUCUGCUGUCAGUCAUCUGGGUUCAGCUCACUGCGGGAGUCCCGGACGGACCGGACGUUCAAGUGAUUGACGUGUUGAGUCUUCAGGACUCCAGGCAGAGCAUAGCGGCAGUGGAGAAGCUGACUGGCAGUCUGAGCGCGCUCAGUGACGUGUAUGUGGUGUCGACGUUGCGGCUACCGCCGAAGCUGGGCGGAGUCCUGUUCGGUGUCUACAGCAAACAGGACAACAGGAAGUACUUGGAGCUCGCCGUCAUGGGGAAGAUCAAUAAAGUCCUGGUUCGUUACGUCAGAGCUGAUGGGAAGCUCCACACCGUCAACCUGCAGAACGCUAACCUGGCUGACGGGCGGACUCACUCCAUCAUCCUGAGAAUCGGAGGUCUUCGUCGUGAGAACAUGAACAUGGAGCUCUACGUCAACUGCCGAUUGGCCGACUCCAGCCAGGGCCUCCCGCCACUGGUCCCUCUGCCCAGAGAGGCAGAUAUGGUGGAGGUCAGGCACGGACAGAAGGCCUACGCCCGACUACAGGGUGCAGUGGAGUCCCUCAGACUGGCUCUAGGAGGCAGUGUUGCCAAAGCAGGAGCUCUGACUGACUGUCCGUUCCAAGGAGACUCCUCAGCCUAUAACUCAGUGAGUGGGGAGGUCAACUCCAUCCUGGGUGAUCACACCAAGGCUCUGAUUGGUCAGCUCAUCAUCUUCAACCAGAUCCUGGGAGAGCUGCGACAGGACAUCAGAGAACAGGUGAAGGAGAUGGCCCUGAUCAGAAACACCAUCCUGGAGUGUCAGGUUUGUGGUUUCCAUGAGCCUCGUUCCCGCUGCUCUCCCAACCCCUGUUACAAAGGUGUGUCCUGCAUGGAGAGUCUGCAGUAUCCUGGGUACACCUGUGGACCCUGUCCGCCUGGAACCACGGGCAACGGGACGCACUGUCAGGACAUCGACGAGUGUGAGCUGCAGCCUUGUUUCUCUCCUGAAGCCUGUGUAAACACGGUGGGGGGGUUCAGCUGUCAGUCCUGUCCUCCUGGCCUGUGGGGGGCGCCGCUGGCUGGAACCGGACUGGACUACGCUAAGACACACAAACAGGACUGUGUAGAUAUUGAUGAGUGUAUAGAUCUACCUGAUGCCUGUGUAUCAAACUCUGUCUGCAUCAACACUGUGGGUUCAUAUAAGUGUGGCAGCUGUAAACCUGGUUUCCUCGGUAACCAGACAUCAGGUUGCUUCCCCAGGAAGUCGUGUGCUGCGUUGACCUUUAACCCUUGCGACACCAAUGCCCACUGCACCAUGGAGAGGAGCGGGGAGGUUUCCUGCAGGUGUAAUGUGGGUUGGGCAGGAAAUGGUAACACAUGUGGAACGGACACGGACAUUGAUGGGUAUCCAGAUCGCUCUCUGCCCUGCAUGGACAACGACAAACACUGCAAACAGGACAACUGUGUUUUCACUCCAAACUCCGGUCAGGAGGACGCCGACAACGACGGGAUCGGAGAUCAGUGUGACGAGGACGCGGACGGAGACGGCAUCAAAAAUGUGGAGGAUAACUGCCGAUUGGUCCCUAACAAAGACCAGCAGAACUCAGACAGCGACUCCUUUGGUGAUGCCUGUGAUAACUGUCCCAACGUCCCCAACAGCGAUCAGACAGACACUGACAACAAUGGACAGGGAGAUGCCUGUGACCAGGACAUUGACGGAGACGGUAUUCCCAACGUUCUUGAUAACUGUCCGAAGGUACCGAACCCAAUGCAGACAGACAGAGACAGAGACGGAGUGGGAGACGCCUGUGACAGCUGUCCUGAGCUCAGCAACCCCAUGCAGACGGACAUUGACAACGACCUGGUGGGAGACGUUUGUGACACCAAUCAGGACACGGACGGAGACGGUCACCAGGACAGCAGAGACAACUGUCCAGACAUCCCCAACAGCUCCCAGCUGGACUCUGAUAACGACGGCCUCGGAGACGACUGUGACCAUGACGACGACAACGAUGGUGUCCUCGACGACUACGACAACUGCCGACUCAUCGUCAACCCCAACCAGAAAGACUCCGACAUGAACGGCGUUGGAGAUGUCUGUGAGAACGACUUCGAUAAUGACGCCGUGGCGGAUUUGAUUGAUGCGUGUCCAGAGAGCGCUGAGGUCACUCUGACAGACUUCAGAGCCUAUCAGACCGUCAUCCUGGACCCAGAGGGAGACGCCCAGAUCGACCCCAACUGGGUGGUGCUGAAUCAGGGAAUGGAGAUCGUCCAGACGAUGAACAGUGAUCCUGGUCUAGCUGUGGGCUACACGGCGUUUAACGGUGUCGACUUUGAGGGAACGUUUCACGUCAACACGGUGACGGAUGACGACUACGCCGGCUUCAUUUUCGGUUAUCAGGACUCCUCGAGUUUCUACGUGGUGAUGUGGAAACAGACGGAGCAGACGUACUGGCAGUCCAUCCCCUUCAGAGCCAUGGCCCAGCCCGCCCUGCAGCUCAAGGCGGUGAAGUCUCGGACCGGGCCAGGUGAGUUUCUGAGGAACGCUCUAUGGCACACAGGGGACACACCUGGAGAGGUGAAGCUGCUCUGGAGGGACCCACGAAACAUCGGCUGGAAGGACAAAACCUCGUACCGCUGGCAGCUGAGCCACCGGCCGCAGGUCGGAUACAUCAGGGUGAAGCUGUAUGAGGGGACCGACAUAGUGGCCGACUCUGGCGUUGUGAUCGACAGCACGAUGAGAGGAGGCAGGCUCGGCGUCUUCUGCUUCUCCCAGGAAAACAUCAUCUGGUCCAACCUGCGCUACAGAUGUAACGACACGGUGCCUGAAGACUUCCAGUAUCAUCGUAAACAAAUUCUGAUGCAUAUUCAGGUCUGAGAGCUGCAGCCGGACUGUCCACACAAACACACGCAUACACACAGACACACACACACACACACAAACACAAACACAUCUCUAUACACACAUCCCUGAACACAGAGCCUGAGCUUCUCUGAAUCCACAUUAACUGUAGUUUGAGUGUGUCGUCUGCAUGUGUUUUAGGGAUCAAGGUUAGAAUAAGUGUGCGUGUGUGCGUGUGCGUGUGUGUGUGUGUGUGUGCGUGUGUGUGUGUGUGUGUGUGUGUGUGUGUGUGAGUGUGAGUGAGUGCAUAUGUGUGUGUGUGCCGAAUGAAAGGGAUAUUGAGAGGCAGGUCACAGGUGUCAGAGUGUCAGCCUGGGAAACACUGACGAGCGGCACCUGAAUGCACCAUCUGUGUUGUUCUGUGUGACGUUUAAACGUCUCAUUUCCAGUCCAGUUUAUCUGUGUAUCCAUAUGUGACUCAAAGUAUCUGACUAACAGUGGUGAAGUGUGAGGAGUUGUUUCAUAGUUCCUGCAGUAACAGUCUGGUUACUACAGUAUUCAGUGACUGAUGGUCUGUGUUGGAGGUGAAACUCUCCUGGUUCAAUCAUCAGAUCUAAAGAGUAACAGCUGUUUUUGAAAAUAUCUGCUUCUUCGAUAAAAAGCUACAACAAUCCUGUGGACGUGAAAACUUGAGGAGAGUAGUCAACUACGACUCCCAAGGUGCAUUUCACUAAGAAACAGCAGAUCACAGAGCUUCACAUUCUGCCGCGCUAGUUUAAAGACAGAGUUGUGAUUCGGGGAAUUUACCAUGAGGAAAAAAACCUGUGGAACAGGCAGCUCCUCGCACUUCACCACUGAGUGGGCGGAUUUAUGGAGGAGGAGCAUGUCUUAAAGCAGGAGCCAAAUCCACUUCAGCUUUAUAACAACCAGCACCAUCAGUCCUCGGUCCGUGUUCGUCCACUUUACAGGUCAAAAAAGACGAGGGAACAGAGAGAAGGUUUCAGCAAUCGAGGUGAUAAAAAAGUAUCAUCAUGUAGUUUCACGUUGUUUUUCUUGACCUUUUAAUGAAUAUUUUAUUGUGAAAUUUAACUUGCCGCAGGAGUGUGUCUUUCUAUCAGAAAAUUUCAGAUAUAGUUCAGUUAAACUGAGCGGCAAUAAUCUUCCCGACCUUUAACCACCCAGACGACCCUGCUGGGAACUGAUAAGCUAACGUUACAGAGCGGAGAGCCUGAAAAGUGCAAAACAGUGGAAUAUUCCUUUAACAUGUUUCUGUGUCUUUUCAAAUGUACAUAUCUUGAUU